CACCUUUCUCCACCCAACCAAGAUCUCGAACAACGGAUGAAAGACUUGAGGAUAUAAAUACAACGAUACGAUCACAACAAUGGGUCUCUUCUCGAAAAAGUCGGCUGCGCCGCAGACCCAAUCACAAGAUGAGAUCGAUCUCGCUGCUGAGCAGAAGGUCACUUUCCGUGCCGUCUUCCUCGGUGUUGUCGCCUCCGUAGGUGGCUUCAUGUUUGGCUACGUCAGUGGUCAAAUUUCUGGUUUCUUCGACAUGGAAGACUUCGGUCGCCGGUUCGGUAACUACCAAGACGCGGACGGCUGGGUCUUCUCAGCAUACCGCCAGGGUGCUAUUGUCGCCCUACUCCCUGCUGGUGCCCUCCUUGGUUCGCUCGUUGCUGGCAGGAUUGCGGAUACCCUCGGUCGCCGUAUCGCCAUCUCUUCGUCCGCCCUUUUCUCCUGCAUCGGAACAAUCAUUGAGAUCGCCUCCACCACGCACUGGGCCCAGUUUGCGGUCGGUCGUCUUAUCACCGGUAUUGGUAUCGGUGCUCUCUCCGUCGUCGUCCCGAUGUACCAGUCUGAGUCCGCGCCCGCCAUUCUCCGUGGUAUCCUCGUCUCGUGCUACCAGCUCUUCAUCACUCUUGGUAUCUGGACCGCUGAGAUGAUCAACUACGGUACUCACGACCUCAACAACUCCGCCUCUUGGCGUAUUCCCAACGGUAUCUCCUUCCUCUGGGCCUUGGUUCUCGGUGGCGGAAUAUUGUUCCUUCCCGAGUCUCCUCGUUAUGCCUACCGUGUUGGUCGCGAGGACGAAGCUCGCAACACCAUUGCCCGCCUUGCCGGUCUCGAGCCCAGCGCCCGCUCUGUCAACAUGCAAAUCGAUGAGAUCCGUAUGAAGCUCGAGGAGGAGAAGGCUGGUGCCGACACCAAGUGGUACGAGAUCUUCGGACCUGCUCUGUUGCGCCGCACCCUCAUUGGUAUCAUUCUUCAGUCUGGCCAGCAGCUUACUGGUGCCAACUUCUUCUUCUACUACGGAACCACGAUUUUCAAGGCUACUGGUUUGAGCGACUCUUACGUUACCCAGAUCAUUCUUGGUUCCGUCAACGCUGGAUGCACUGUUGCUGGUCUCUGGGUUGUCAAGAAUGUUGGCCGCCGCAAGGCCCUCAUCGGUGGUGCCCUCUGGAUGACCAUGUGCUUCCUGGUCUACUCUUUCGUCGGAAGAUUUGUGCUCGACCCCGUCAACCCGGCUAGCACUCCUCAGGCCGGCAACGUCCUCAUCGUCUUCUCCUGCUUCUUCAUCGUCGCCUUUGCCACCACUUGGGGUCCUCUCGUCUGGGCCGUCGUUGCUGAGCUCUACCCUGCUCGCUACCGUGCUCCUGCUAUGGCCUUGGCCACCGCUUCCAACUGGCUGUGGAACUUCCUCAUGUCUCUCUUCACGCGCCCCAUCACCGACUCCAUUGGCUACUUCUAUGGCUUGGUGUUCGCCGGAUGCUGCCUUGCCCUCGCCGCAUUCGUUUGGCUCUUUGUGAUCGAGUCCAAGGACCGCACCCUUGAGGAGAUCGAGACCAUGUACAACCAGAAGGUCAGCCCUAGGCACUCCAACCACUGGCACGCUGAGGUCCCUUCGGGCUCGCGUGAUGCGGAGGAGAAGCCCGAGGUUCACAGUGGUUCUGCGACAACCUCGAGCCAUGGAGAGGUUUAGAAUGCGUCCAAGUGAAACGGUUCUCGUUCUGAAGCGAAUUCAGAGGUUGCGAGAGUCGAUUAGGGAUUGUAUGAUGACUUGACAUGCACCAAAAA